AGAACGAUCCACAAUGGAAAUAUUUCUCCGGUUGCUGUUGAUAGUCGUAAAGGUGCUUGCCGUGAUCAUCACUCCGAUUUUGGAUAAGUUUGUGUAUCCGCAGAAACCCAAAAGGACCUUAGUACCUCCGAUCAAAAAUCCACUUCUCCUUUUGAGUAUUCAGGAGCUUCGCAGUCGCCUUCGAUCACGUCAGUUGACUUCUGUGGAACUGGUGAAGGCCUACAUCGACCGAAUCGAGAGCGUUAAUUCCCAUUUAAAUGCGGUGAUUGAAUCUCGUUUUCCGGCUGCUUUGAAGGAAGCCCAAAAUGCCGAUGACCUUAUAGCCGGAUGCGCAUCUUCAGAGGCGGUGGAGAAGCUUUUCGAAGGGCGUCCACUGCUGGGUCUGCCCAUGACCGUCAAGGAGUCAUGUGGCAUCGAAGGCAUGACAUUCUCUGUGGGCAGCCUGUUCAGAAAAAAUGUAAAAGCUAAAGCCGAUGGCGAUACUGUGAAACGAUUGAAAACUGCUGGAGCUAUUCCGCUUCUGAUCUCUGCAACUCCGGAGUAUUGUUUUAGCAUUGAAACGGACACCUUGCUGAAUGGACGAUCUGUCAACCCGUACGACGAUGAGAGGACUCCGGGCGGCAGCUCUGGAGGUGAGGGCUCUCUAAAUGGCGCUGGAGCCUCUCUGUUUGGCAUUGGAUCGGAUAUUGGAGGAUCCAUUCGUAUUCCCAGCCAGUAUUGUGGCAUCUUUGGGCACAAACCCUCGGGCAGAGCUGUUUCCACUAAAGGACACUUUCCCGACUCCACAGAUUCGGAUAUCGAGCACUAUCUGGUGGAGGGACCCAUGACCCGGUUCGCCGUGGAUCUCACCGACCUACUUCGAGUCAUGGCAGGCGAAGAAAACUCUAAAAAGUUACGUCUAGCCGAACCAGUCCAAUUGAAUAAAAUAAAAGUGAACUAUGCACUCGGCUGGGAAGGCCUGAAUGGACUCAUACACAUGCCUGUGGACGAGAACAUACGGAACUCCAUUUGCAGAGCAGCCACUCACUUGAAGACCCUUGGCCUAGAGGUGACUCAGUCCCAAUUGCCCAAUCUGAACAACUCUGUAGAAAUGGCCCUUUCGGGAAUCGCUGCACAAUAUGGCAUGGUUUACCUGCUGGAAGGAGGAUCCGAGGAGUCGGGUAAAGUUAAGCAGAACCUUUGGGAGAUACUACGCAGUCUGGUGGGUCAGUCCAGUUACACAACAAAUGCUCUGAUGUUCGAACUUUUGCGACGUACAAACGCCUUCAUGACCAGGGCAAAGGUGAACCAGUAUCUGGAGGAGUCGCGGCUUCUCAUCGGAGAGUUCAGCAAACUUCUCGGCGAUAAUGGCGUCCUACUGUUUCCCACCUUGAAUUUACCGGCUCCGCGACACAAGUGGUCAGUAUUUUCCCUCUGGGGCGUCGACUAUACCCUGAUCUUCAAUGUUCUGGGUCUUCCGGUUACCCAUGUGCCCAUGGGCUUGGAUGAACGGGGUCUUCCGUACGGAUUUUCCAUUAUCGCUGGUCCAAAUCAGGACCGAUUGUGCCUUCGAGUUGCCGUGGAGCUAGAAAGGGCUUUUGGAGGCUGGAAGCCAGCGGUUCCCAACGAGCUAAAUUUAUAAAUAUAAUUUAUCUAC